AACUAAGCGAAACCAUUUCACCAGAUAACGCGUCUCAGUCUCGCAAAUGGGUGGCGGAGGAGUUAUGAGGGCGGCGGCCAAGGUCACCGGCAUCUCCAAGUCGGUGAUCAGGGCCACCUCGCCGGUGCGUUCGGCCUCGCAGUCCACUCGCUACGCUUCGCCGGUCCGCACGCCGUCGCUAUCGGCGGGGCCGGUAUCCGCCGAGGUUGCGCCGUCGCACGAGGCGGUGGCAUGGGACGACUGGGACUUCGCCGACGACGGCGAGUUGGACGUGCCGAGGGUGGUCGUCACUUCUCUUCCCACUUUCGAGGAAGCUAAGGAGGCCACCACGGAAUUGAAGGACGCUAUUGAUCAAGUAUAUCUCUCUCAUGAAUCUUCUCAAUAUUCAUCUCCUGUUGGUGAAGUCACUUUUCAAUAUCCUACCAUUGAUGAGGCAGUGAACAAAUCUCGUGUCAUUGAGGCUAUUUCUAAUCCUUCAGUGCCAAGGCAUGCCCUUCAGGCUUUCCAUCUGCUUAGCACAAGUCGUGCAGCCCAGGAUGUUGUGGCUUCACUUGCUUGUGACCCAAAUGUAUGGAAUGCAGUCAUGGAGAAUUCUGCUGUCAGUAGUUUCUUCAAAUCACAACACUCGGUGGCUGAUUUUGGAGCAGAGGAAACUGCCGAGGAAGUGGAAAAGUUAUCAAGUUUUGCAUCUGAAUCAGCUGAAACACCUGAAAAAAUGGAAGAAUCAUCUGAGCCUCACCCGGGGAAUGGGUCUUUCAAUUUCAAGGGUCUUCUAAAGAAUGUUAAGCUUACAGUUACUGAAUUGCUGAGUAAGGUGUCUGGUUUCCUGCAGAACAUAUUCCCAACAGCUGAUAAUCUGAAAGAGAAACCUUCUUGUGAUGCUGAUGGAAACACUAAAGCAAGUUUUAUGGAUAGUAAAAAAGUCAUGGGAGGAACCUUCGUAGGUUUGGCAGUGCUGGUGAUAAUGAUCAUAGUGAACAAGAGAGCUUAAGACUCUUGGAAGCAAUAUUAUAAUUUGUCGACUUUUCUAGUAGUUUUCAAAGUUUUUUUUUGGUUCUGCACAGGUAUUUUCUAUCCAUCUAGGAAAACUAAUAUCGUUCGUAGUACCAACACUUCAACUAAAAUGAACAAUUUAUAAAUUUACAAUAUGUUGCACCCAGUUAGUUGUUUCUGUUAUUUGAAAGCCUACCCCACAAGUUAGUAUUUUAACUUUUCCUGUAUUAAUCUUCUUAUCACCGUUUCUGUUU